AUCAAUUCAUCCAUCAAAUCCGUUCACAGACACGCUCAUCUUGAUCCUUGCACUAAACAAGAAAAAAGGAUCAUUGUUGAAGAUUAAAAAAUUGUCCUGACACCCAAUACCGUCAUUUGCGCACCGGCCAUCUUCAAUAUCCCCGCUGUCGUUAAUGGAUCGAAAAUCGGUGUCACCUGAACCCACACCACCAGUUUGGACAGCUGUGGCUAGUUCUGAGGACAGCAACAGCGAGAAUGCCCCAGCUUACUCAUCCGAGCCCGUAUGCGUGUCGACGCAACAGCAACAACAGCAACAACAGCAACAACAGCACCACUACCAACAAAAUAGUCGAUGGGGACAAGGAACCCUAGCGUCGAUCCUGCUACAACCACCCCCUCGUUAUGCUGAAGUCCACCACUCCCCCGUUAGCGGAAUGUUCAGCUACCCACCUCCUUUAGCCUCUACGUCUAUUGCUUCAAAUCCUGCAAUAUCAACUACUUCUGCAUCGACUGUGCCAUCAUCGUCUUCUACUGUACACUCAUUUGUAUCGGUACCUUAUCCUUAUGAUGUUGAGGACCAGCCUUAUUUUCAAAAUAAUACCAGUACUAACACUAUAACGGCUACACCUUUCAAUGCUAUCUUCGGCUCCGCCACUGCCAGCAACCGCAGCAGCGAGGCCUCAUCAUUAUCGAAUCCUUUAUCAUCUCUUCUUAACAACAAUUCAAAUGUUCGUUCAAACACGUUUGGACGCUCCUCAGAGAUGCCAGACUGGCGCCACGCAAGUAUUAGUAACAUCAACAGCAACGGUAGUAGCAUCAGUAAUAAUAUCCCAGUAGGUCCAUUGAACGUGCCUCUUCCACCCUCGGUUGCUAUCCCUCCAAAUCUAUCUACGUCACUUCCGCCACAACAUUCAUCAAGUAUACCUUUCCAACAUCGCCCACCCCUGCGCCGAUCAUCAUCUUAUGAAAGAGGCAUAAGGGCGUAUCAAUUUCAUGGCCCACAACAUCAGCAACAAUCGCAUCAAUACCAACAUCAUCCACACGAAUCCGUCCAUCACAACCCUUACAUACCGCCGUCGUUUACCAGUAGUCGUCCGUUCAUACCUCCCAAGGUCAAAGGGUAUGAUUUCCGAGAUGGUUCUCAAGCAGGAAAUAUGGGUCUAAUGACUGGAAAACGGAUAUCGGAUGGUAUGCCGGUCACUGGCAAGUUGCACCAGUCCCGUCUUUUGCUGCAGCAUGAGCACCGUAUUUUGAAGCGUCUACAGAUUGUAAAUGCGUGGUAUGAUCCAUCAUGCAGUACACAGCUAUCAUCGUGUCAUACAUCCAACGAAGGAUCUACAAAAGCAGCGGAGACGAAAAGGAGUUCAGCAAUAGCAGACUCUAGGCUUGACAUAGCAGAGACAUCAGGAAGAAAUGUACACGAGCCCAACCAUAAUGAUAACAAUAGUGACGCGGAGACAGAAAGAUCAAGCUCUGUUCGUUGUAAAGUAGAUAAUCAAUUAGCGCCACUGUCUGAACCAGGGCUUAGAGAAGAUGAAAAGUAUUUCAACCGGGUUGUGGAAGAUUUUGUGGAUAUAGAUCACUCUACAGAAAUGUCUGUCUUGGUCAUGAGACGCCUGGGACCCAACUUGCUCUCAUCAUUGCAUCAUCGUUUCCUAGGAUUGGACGAGACGGAUGGCUACCAAAGCCCGGAAUUGCGUGCUGGACGGCUACAGCCUGCAGUAUCUCCCUUUUCGGAUGUGUACACCUUUCUAGUGUUUUGUCUCAAGGCAGCAUGUGUGUUGGAGGCAUUGGAGCGAGCUAACUUGGCACAUCUUGCAUUAUGUCCGACCGCACUUCACUGGGCUCUGCCCGACUCAGAUGUUAUUGAACCCACCACAUCAUCGUUACCAGAACGAGGGAAUAAAGAAGAACAAAAGGCGAAGCCAUAUGAACCAAAUCCAACUUCAUUGUAUCAUGAUCCAAUUCCUAUUAUCAGUGAUAAUGAUACAAUUACACCUCAACAACAUGUUCAUUGCUCAUCACGUUCGCCUCCAAAGCCACAACAGCAAUCACCGCAACACGGCUUCUCAUGUGAAAGUACAUUACACAGCGGUUUCUUCAACCCAUAUCAUCCUGGUUCGGAUAUCAAUAAGACAAAGCUACGGCUGUUUGAUUUUACACAUUCAAAAAUUUUGAGUCAUGAGCGGGCCAGAGCACCGAGCAAUAUUGUUGAAUGGCAAGUUCCAGGGUAUUUGGAAUACCAUCUACAGUUUUUAGCGCCAGAACAAACCGGCCGAGCAGAGACAUGGAUGGAUCACCGCACAGACAUCUAUGGGCUUGGGGCUACUUUGUUCACAUUGUUGACAAUGCACUUUCCGAAUCGCGGCAAUGACAGUGUUCAGAUUCUGCAAGGCGUUUUGUCCAGAGAUCUUCCGCCUUUGGAUACAUUUCGACCAGAUAUGCCUCCGAUAAUUGAUGAUAUUUUAAGGAAAAUGACGCAAAAGCAACCGAGCCAGCGAUAUCAGACCGCAUUUGGUUUCAAGCAGGACAUUCUUCAUAGCCUUAAUCUCUUGCAUGCGACAGGAACAAUCGAAACAUUUCCAUUGGGUAAAUACGAUGUCUCGCAUCAAUUCAUUCUCCCCAAUGCGGUGUUUGGCCGACGGGAGGAGCAACAAAUGAUUUCCGCCGCGAUUUCGCAGGCGGCUAGUGCCUAUCAGCAUUCGCUUAAUAGUGAUCUAAAUCUAGAUCUGAAACUGUCAGAUGCAGCCACAGCAUCUAGCUCAGAGGAGGAGAAAGGAAGAGGAAGGAGGCGGGUAGGAAGCGACCUUGCAGCAUCGACAAUAGCAUCUGCAGCCGUAGCCGCAGAAGCGGCUAAAACUGUAGCGGCUAUGAACGAUCAUUUGGAUCAUUAUGUGUUUGAAGAUGAGAUUGUUUCAUUACGAAACCAGGGUUCGGUCAAAAUCCCGCUUUUGUCAACAACACUCCUCCGAAGCCCUAAGCCCUUCGAUGGUGGUAAGGCAGUUCAUCGAGGAUCGGAAGCUACAGAUCCGGUCGUUCGCGCCAUCUUUGUCAGUGGACCUUCUGGUGUUGGAAAAACGGUCCUUAUUAGAGGAAUGGCCUCAGUAGCUCGCAACUCUGGGCUAUUCGCAGGAGGCAUUUUUGAGGCUGAGGGCUCUGCGCCUUAUUCCGCCAUCUUGUCUUGUAUUCAGAGUGUCCUUCAACAGCUUCUGACUCAACACACGGAUGCAUUAGCUUCCCUAGUUGUGGCGAUUCGGACAGCGUUUGAGCCGAACUCGGGCAUCGGUAUUAUUUGUGAUUUGAUCCCUGAACUAAAAUACUUCUUUAGUGGGACUGAAUUCCUUGAGAGCAAAGAUUUAUCUCUGUCGCACUCUGUGGCUCGAUUCCAUGCGCUGAUUCUGAAGCUAAUUCGGGUAAUCUCGACUCAUUUUUUCAUGACCUGGUUAAUCGAUGAUAUUCAUUAUGCGGACGAAAACUCCAUUGCACUAUUGGCGACGCUGGUCAAUGUCAAUAAGCGAUUACCAAUUGUUCUAAUCAUGACUCAUCGAGAUACAGUCGAAUGCUUGAUAAAAGUCAAACAGAUCCUGGGAAGCAGUAAUGUAACGGAAAAUAACAAUACGAAAAAUACACUCCAUGACCCUCUAAUGGACGAAGUCUCAAGUCUGGGCGCUGCAGGUUCUGCAAGUCCUAUUCCCGCCACCAAGACCACGGCCACUCGAGCCACAGGCUUUCCAUUGGUGGUACGUGGCGGAGGUGGCGUUCGAUUUAUUCGACUUCAAAACCCAACCUUGGAAGUCAUUCAAGAGUUUCUUAAAGUGUUGUUGCAUCGCAGUAUUGAGGAUGUACUUCCACUAGCUAAAGUAUUGCUUCACAAAUCCUGGUUGACGAUCCGACAGUUGGUCUUGGAGUUGUAUAGAAACCAAACGAUCUUCUUCAACUGUCAGACUCGCGUUUGGGACUGGGAACCUUGUACAGAGACUUUGGCAGGGGUGGUCCGGAAAUUGACUGGGGAAGAGUAUCUGUUUUUGCAGAAUCGAUUCCGAGCAUUGGAUUGCGACACGAAGAAGACGUUAAUCUGUGCAGCGAUUUGCGGGUCCGUCUUUACCAUUCAGGACCUACAACGGUUAGCAUCGACGGCUUAUGUGUGGAACACCACUCGUAGCAGCCACUACAACCACAGAGACGAGAGUAAUGACAAUAAUAGCAACAAUGGCCAAAAAGGACAAGGGAAAAAGCCGCCAUUGCCUGAAAUAUGUCGUCAGAACCAUGCGCCCGAGACUAUUAACCUUGAUACCAACAAAGGAUGUAGUGCCAUGGCAGGAUUACAAUCAGCAUUGCGGGAGGGAAUCCUGGUAUAUACGUCCGUUCCAGAUCAUUUACGAUGGCAUCAUGGUGUUAUGCGCAAAGUCGCUCUGGGGUUAUUAGAUGGGACCGAUGAAAAAGAACGAAUGCAUUACGAAAUGGCAAAGAUCUUGUUUAUGCUGCCAGGACAAAAGCUUAGAAUCGCUAGUCAUGUGUUGCAAUGUAUGAACUUGGUCAAGAAGAAGUGUCUCCUAGCAUCUAAGCAAAAGGAUGACGAGCCCGAAGAGCGUCCUUUCUGGGUUCCAAUAAUUGAAGAGGGAUCAGAGGAUUAUGUUCCAGAAUUGGAUGCUCAGUCUUUGAGAAGCGUUCUUUCCCUCGCAGGAGAAAAAUCACAAAAGAGUGGGGCUCAGGAUUUAGCGAUAGCGUAUUGGAAUGCGGCAUUGUCGUUGCUACCGGAGAACUGCUGGGACCCACUCCCUGAAGAAUCAGAUAAUGAUGUACAAAUGAUUGGUGCAGAUGAUGAAGUUGGAGCAGAAUUCGGUAUUCAGGAUGAGCAGCGUCCAAAGACAGCUCUUUACCAAGAAGCACUGAAGCUUCAUUUGCAGUGUGCGGAGGCGGAGCGUUGGCGUGAGAAUUUCGAUCAGGCGAUGAAAAUCUGUGAUAUUAUUUUGGCUAAAACUAUAGAUCCAAUCGAUCGAGCAAAAGCUUAUCAGCAUCAAAUUGAGAUGUCAGUCUGGGCGUAUAGUCAACCAAUACAAGCGACUCGGAUUGCGAUUCAAUGCCUUCAGGAGUUGGGAAUGCCGAAGGAUGUAUCUUUUACACCGACCAAGGAAGAGAUUCGACAAAUGUAUGAUGAGACCCAUCAGAUGGUCUUGGAGCAUAUGGCAGAACUUCAGCGGCCUGAGGGACCAAAAACCUGUAAGAAUGUGAGAAUCAACAUGAUGUUGAAAACCCUCUCGAUCUCCAGCGCGAGUUUGUAUUACAGCAAUGUACCGUUUCUAGCUGUGGGUGUGGCUCAAUCUAUGAAGCUGAUCUGCGAACAUGGUAUCACUAAAGAUACAGGACGUUCUCUAGUCUCAUUCGCGUUUACGCAUUCGACCUGGCAUGGAUGCUUAGAAAAUGCCUACGAACUGGGAAAAUUGGCGUGCGAAGUCUGUAAAGAUAAUCAUCAUGUUAAAUUUUUGUUUUAUCUGACUGUUCAACAAUGGGGAGACCAUGUCGCGAAUUCCAUCCCUGCACUUGAAGAAACCUUGCAAGCAGCGGAUUUGGCAUGCGAUCGACUCUUCCAUACAGCUGGCAUGAUCCAUGUAUCUGUUAUGCGAGUUCUGCUUGGACGGGUCCACUUGCGCGACUGCUUGAGUGCCACCGCGGAUUUAAUCAUGAAACAUGUAGAAUUUGGGCCUAAAUCACAUGGUGUGGAAGUGAUGCAGGGGAUCUUGCAACUGAUCAAAUGUCUCAAAGGGCGGACUAUCUCUACCAACAAUCCAGAAACCAUUUUUGACGAUGAUACUGGAUUCAUCGAAUCCCAAAUUCAUAGAAAACGAGAAAAAAAGUUGACACUGGUCCAUAAUAAUAGCACGUAUGCGAUGCUGAAGAUUGUGGCGGCGUUUGUAUUUGGACAUUAUAGCUAUGUGAACGAGAUAACAUCCUCAUGGCAUGAUGACCCGAACUCGAUGAUGAAUUUCGAAGGCUCUUGGAUCACGUACUUGAUUUUUACCGUAGUAGGCUUAACAUUACUGAGCCUUUUAAGGAUCGAAAAGGACAUGGGGGCUCGUAGGGAACUACACAAAAGAUUAUUUGUGAUCAGGGAUAGGAUGGCGGUUCGUGCUAAGAAAUUUCCGAUCAAUCAUGCAGCUAUGUUUCAUCUUUUGGAAGCUGAGAUUGCAGAUCAAGAACUGACAGAAGAUAAGGUGAAGCCCCUGCCACGGCAUAGAGAUGAGGACGGUGAUGACGAGAAUAUUACCAUUCCUGAACAUGAAGGAACACGAGAUCUCAAGAAGGUACUGCUGUUAUAUGAGAAGGCGAUCAAGUAUGCAAGUGAUGGCGAUUUCCCCCUUCAGCUGAAUUUCUCAUAUGAAUUGGCUGCAAACUGUCAUUUGAGACAUGGACUUGUCACGAGCGCGAAAUGUCUAAUGGUAAAUGCCUGUAAGGGUUAUCAAGCCUGGGGCGCUCGUGGUAAAGUCCUGUGGUUUCAUAAGACAUACCCAGAGAUCUUUGGAUCACCGCCCGAUAUUGAAACUGCAGUGCCAGCACGAGGACUGUUUUAUCGACCUAGCGACAUUGAGUAUAACAGCAACGGUCGUAGUAGUGGGUAUCGUCCUACUGUAAACUCUUUUGGCUCUGCUAAUCGUGCUUCUACAAUAUCGUGUGGUCCUAGCACGUUCAUUGGAGGAGGAACAAAAGCAGCUUCAGGCCCCUCCAUCAUUGGAACGUCGCCUUGGUUGAGCGGCAGUAGUCCAAAGACGACUUACAGUCCUAGUGGAUAUGGUAGUGAUGCAGUUUCCGCUGCUGCUGCUGCAAUUGCAGAAUCAUGCAUGACAGCACAUUCUAGCUGUAGCAAUAGCAGCACUAAUCAUAGUGGAAGUGGCAACACACCCGGAAGUGCUUCAUCAUCUUCAGGUCCAUUGUAUCACCUACAGAAUAGUUGGCUUGCAUCACCGCUAUCGCCUGAGCUCGAUAAUACGGACUUGGAUGUUUUGGAUUUCUCGUCUGUGAUUGAAGCCAUGCAGGUGAUUGCUAGUGAGAUUGAUCUAGACUUGUUACUGGUCAAAUCUCUUGGUGUAUUGAACCAGAGUGUGGGUGCAAAGGGUUGCUGCAUGAUCAUCUCAAAAGAUCACGAAAUGGUUCUAGCGGUCUCACAGGGAGGUUUGGGACAAUGCGAAGCCGUGAAUCCACCAAUGAAGAUCGAUUCUUGUACGUCUCUUUUCCAUGGAGUGAUCAAUUAUGUGAUCCGUACAUCCACACCUUGCUUAGUCACAAAUGCUAAGGAUGACCCGCGGUUCAGUGCAGAUGAAUAUCUGAAACAACGAUCCGACUUACGAACAGUACUGUGUGCUCCAAUCUUACAUAAGGCAAGGUUGGUGGGAGUAUUGUACAUGGAGGAUUUUCCGGCUCGAGCAUUUGCGAACAAGCGAAUGCUGGUGAUGAAUUUGCUAGUUCAGCAGUUGGGAAUUUCGAUCACUAAUGCAUUGCUAUAUCAAUCCGUGCAACGAUCAGAGACCAAGCUAAAUGGAUUAUUAGAGAAUAUGCCCUGUGGAAUUGCCCUGUGGGAUGCAACAGCUGAAAAAUGCCAGUACAUUAAUUCGAGCUGGCAAGAUAUGACGGGCUUCACAUUGGAUGAGAUUUUGGAUUCUGGAUGGACUAUAUUGGUACAUCAAGACGAAACCGCUAUUUAUACACAACGCUGGCGAGACCGUGUCCAAGCAGGAGUGCCAUGCCAAUGGGAGAGUCGAUAUAAGUUGAAAGAUGGAUCUUACCGCUGGGCGGUUGUGAGAAUGCUGCCGAUAAUGUCGCCUUCAGUUGACAACAGGGUCAUCCAAUGGCUUACAGUGACGAUCGACAUCGAUGACCAGCGACGUGCUGUUCAACUAAAAUCCAAUUUCUUAGCCAAUAUGAGUCAUGAGUUGAGAACCCCAUUCUCUGGUAUCUUAGGCAUGCUAUCGCUUCUUCGGGACUCACAUGGACUCUCGCCUGAGCAGUUCGAGUUUGUGGAUAUGGCCAAGGCUUCCUGUGAAAUGUUAAUCCGCAUUGUUGAUGAUUUAUUGAACUUCAGCAAGCUUGAAGCGGAUAAAGUCACGCUCGAGUAUAUUCCCAUGGCUUUUGAAGAGAUUCUUGGAGAUGCAUGUGAUUUACUCGUGCCAUUGGCCUCACGCAAGGGCUUGGAGCUAAUCAUUUUGUUUGACGAAACGUUGCCCAUUACACUAAUCGGUGACCCAGAUCGGAUGAAGCAGAUCUUGAUGAACCUAAUUGGCAAUGCCAUCAAAUUUUCUACCAAGGGUAAUGUCGUUAUUCAAUUCUGGCAUGAGAGGCGCUCUCGCGAAGAGAUCAUUCAAGCUCGAAACAGAAACUCUUCCAAGGCUUUGCGAAUGGCAUCAUCUUCUACAAGAAUUAGCAGUAAUAGUGACGCCACGGGUCCCAGCCCUAAUGAUACCAGCAAUGGCAAUAAUAACUGCGAGGUGCCAAGAACCGCUGCGCCUGCUUCAUCGACUUUUUUCAGCCCCGCGACGCCACUGAAACAGGAACAGGCGACAGAUUUAACAAAUGAGGAUGAUUCAAGAUUAGGGGAUGAAAUCAUCUUGCACUGUUCAGUAAAGGAUCAGGGCAUUGGCAUGAGUCCUGAAGAACAAAAGAUGCUUUUUGUGUCAUUUCAACAAACCGAUAAUGGUACGACUCGUAAGUAUGGUGGCACAGGACUCGGGCUCUCGAUUUGUGCUCAACUUAUUAAAUACAUGCAAGGCAAGAUUGUUGUUGAUUCCGAAAAGGGUAAAGGGUCAACAUUUACCUUCACUGCAAAGCUCCGGACCCAGACCGAAUAUGAUCAAGAACAAAGUCCUGCGGAGUCUGCAAGGUUGAAAGAGUGUGAGAGGAUCCUGUAUACAAGGAUGGAUGCUAUCAAAGACAAACGGAUCUUGAUCUUGUCGCCAAACCGACAGCUGAGACAGCAGAUCGUUAAAGUUGCGCACGGUGCUAUUUGUGAGGAAUACGAUGAUUUGGCUUCUGCAGUCUCAAGUGGUGCAGUCAUGAUCACAGAUGAAUGUUCAGACGAUACAGGAAAUUGGGGUCGGAUUCACAGGAAGAAUCAGCAGCAGAAGCGUAACGAGACUAACAUGGACAUCGAUAAUGCUUCUAGUCUCGAGACAGGACAGGGUUUGAUGCAACAUUCAGAUACUACUGCUCUGUUUGGCAAUCCCGAUCAUAAUGGCACUGAUGGAUUGCCUGAUCCCAAGAGCCUGAAAAGAUUUGAUCUCAUCCUAAUCGACCAUGUUUUGGAUUCUGCAGAGUUGGAUCGUAUCUAUCCAUCUCCUAUAGUUGCAUUCGUCCUACUACUGGCGCCUACCACGGAAACUCUGCGAUGGAUUCUCCCUCCAGCAACUAAGCGAUUGAACGAGGAGCCUGAAGAGCCUGAAUGCGGGCAGCUCGACAUUGGAGGCCGAGGGAGGAUUCGUCAUGCGUCUGAGGCUGACUAUGCGGCAGAAAGAGCCAUUGGACAUGUGCAGCGAGUGUCUAAUGAAACAAGUGCCAUUCAAAAUAGUGCAGCCUUCACUAGCAUCUCACGAGGCAGUAGUGUGGCAAGGCCUCCUCUGGCGCCUGUCAGAUUAGCCAAGAAUCCGUCACAGCUCUUUAAGAAGCGUAAAUCAAGGGGCCACAUCACUGUGACCAGACCUGUACCAUAUAGCGGUGGAAUAGGGCCUGAUAACAAGAUCAGACCAGCUGAGAUGGAGACGACGACAUUCCAGGUUUGCAGAAUGAUCAAACCUGUGAGAAGAAUGAAGUUACUGCAGAUCCUUUACAAUGCUCUCAGUCAGCAUGAACGGAGAAUGGCAGGGCUGGAGUUGGAGAGUUGUGGGUCGCAGACAACAGCAGAUGAUGAUUAUGCAUACACUACAGCCGCUAGUAGUUCUGGGUAUGAUGAAGGAGAGGAUAUCCAUCCUGUGCUUGCCAAACGACAUCAAUCCUCUGUAAGUGAAGAGACAUCAUCAUGCGGCACCUUGUCACCCACUUUAGAUUCACCCACUGGGUCGUUGCUGUCCAUGUCAUCCUCGUCAUCUAGGUCGCCACGGACGCAAUCUAGAUCUGCAUCGCCCAUGACGACAGUCUCUUCCUCUGGAGCAGGUGCAUCUGCAUCGUUAAAGCGGCGACGAGACCAAACGACACCUGAUGUAAUCGGGUCUGGUAAUAAUAGCAGCACUAGCCAUGAAAAUAUGAAACGGCGUCCAAAGGCUAGUAAGCGAGUGCCUCCUACAUCCCCUAUAUCCACAUCGGUAUCAGCGCCACCGCCAGCUUCAAUUCUUGUCAACCGAUCGGAGCAUUUUUAUAGCCGUUCUAUUUCUUCUGCUUCGAACACUGCUACUGUUACUACGAAUUUUCUGGACCCGAUAGCUGAGAAGGAUCUACCUAGGAACCUAGGAUUGAGUGGAGCUAUGAUUUCCGGAUCAGGGUUAGGUGUUGUGGGUAAUAUGCCGAAGAGGGCGCGUAAUAAUGAUGCGUUGACAUUGUUGUUGACAGCUUCUGAGCUGGAGAGAUGUCGAGGCAAAAAUGUUCUUGUGGCUGAAGACGAUUUUGUGUCGCAAAAGAUUUUAGAAAAACAACUUUCAAAGCUCGGUAUGAAUGUGGUCAUUGCUAACAAUGGACAAGAGGCUGUGGAUCAUUGGUUAUCUGCAGAUCGUGGACAUUACACCAUUGCAAUUUUUGAUCAUCAUAUGCCUAUCAUGGAUGGACUUGCUGCUACUCGGAAACUACGCGCUUUAGAAGCAGAACAUGCACACGAAUGCAAGGAUGGAGGAGAACAACAGCCAAUACGUAUUCCGAUCGUGGGUCUUAGUGCGGAUAUCCAACAGUCCACUAAAGAGUCGUGCAUCAAAGCUGGUAUGGAUGAGUACAUGACCAAACCCCUUUUGACUAAAGGCCUGGCGCUAUUAAUCCAGCGCUAUUGUUGCAAAUAAUCACCAAUACAGAAAUAAAUGCUAUUUCUCACUCGACACCUAAAACUCUGUCAUCACUGCGAAUUACCUUGAAUCUUGAACACCGCGCUGUCCUUAACCCUUGCUUCCAUUUUAAAGCAUAGAGGUAUCGUAAACAUAAAUCUCCAUCACGAUCAAGACAUAUUCUUGACUUAUCUGCAACUUAGGCAUUCACUAACAUAGAUGAUGGG